UUUUGUCUCUCUCCGUCGAAUCAUGUGAUGAGGGACGGGGGAGAGAGAGAGAGAUCGGUCCAGCUAAGAGAAGGAUCGUCGAAGCUAUCAUCUGAUCUUUACCAUAAGCCGAACUGCACAAUCUCUGUUUGGUUCUCCGAUCAGACCCUCCGUCGUCUCCGGUUCUGCUCUUCGAUUUUUGGAAUCGCAUCGCGUUUCGUGGUGGACGCUGAGAUCGAAGGGGAUCCGGGAUGGGGUUUCUGGUGACAACCCUCAUUUUCGUAGUGAUUGGGAUCAUCGCGUCCCUUUGCACCAGAAUAUGCUGCAACAGAGGACCUUCUGCGAAUUUGUUCCAUCUGACCUUGGUUAUUACUGCGACAGUCUGUUGUUGGAUGAUGUGGGCAAUUGUCUAUCUUGCACAAAUGAAACCUCUGAUAGUUCCAAUCUUGAGCGAAGGGGAGUGAAGCUCCUUGCUGCGAUAUGUAUUGAUGCCUCAUUGGGGAAACCAGCAUUGUGGAUUCAGUUUGGCUGCUUGAGUAUAUCGGAUUAUUGGUCCCCGGCUAUUUAGUAAUUGCUGUCUGUAUUUGCAUGAUUUGAUCAUGCCAUCAGCUCCUUAAUUGUUUAAACGGACGUUCCCAUUAGAAUCUUCCUGUAAUAAAUCUGUUUUUGUUCUUUUUUUCCUUCUUUGCAUUGAUGAUAUGUGUUUUAGUUGUGUCUAAAACAUUUUCUGAGUUAACUAAGAAUCGGUGGGGCUUUUGUAAGUAUCUAUAUCUAAUAUAAAGCAGAGCUGUGGUGGGCUCGAUCAUAUGGCCUCA